AGCGCCGCCCCGCCAACGCCGACAGAGUAGCGGACGAUACGAUGGCCUCGUCAGGGAAUAUGUUGAUAUUUUCGGUGUUAUUGAUUAUUUGUAUAUGCUUAUGUCACGGAGAAUUAGCGCACAAGAAGUUUGAAUACAAGUACAGUUUUAAAGGCCCCUAUUUAGCGCAAAAGGACUCAACUGUGCCAUUUUGGGAAUAUGAAGGGCAUGCCCUCGCAAGUGAUGAUAUGGUUAGGAUCACACCUUCUUUACGAAGCCAGAAAGGUUCCAUGUGGACCAAGUCAAAGACAGCAUUUGACUGGUGGGAGAUAGAAAUCAUCUUCAGGGUGACCGGACGAGGGCGCCUGGGUGCUGAUGGUCUGGCAUUUUGGUUCACGGAUCGACGAAUGCCUCCAGGCCCUGUGUUCGGCAGCAGCGACAAGUGGGUCGGCUUGGGCGUAUUCAUGGACUCCUUUGACAAUGAUAACAAGAACAACAACCCUUACGUGAUGGCCAUGGUUAAUGAUGGUACAAAGGAGUAUGACCACAACAGUGAUGGAUCAAACCAGCAGCUCUCUGGUUGCUUGAGAGACUUCAGGAACAAACCUUUCCCGGCAAGAGUCAAGAUCGAAUAUUAUAAGAACGUCAUCAGUAUAAUGAUGCACAGCGGCAACACCAACAGUGAUGAAGACUAUGAGCUCUGUCUGCGUGCAGAAAAUGUCUUCUUGCCGCAGUUUGGCCACUUUGGUAUUUCUGCCGCAACUGGAGGCCUUGCAGAUGACCACGAUGUACUAAAGUUCCUGACGUCGAGCCUUUAUCUGCCGGGCACUCAGCCCACGACUCAGGGUAUGGCUGAGGCCGAGAAAGAGAAGUUCUCCAAGGAAUACGAGCAAUACAAGGAGAAGCUGGAAAAGCAAAAAGAAGAAUACCGCAAGUUGCACCCUGAGGAAGCUGCUCGCAGGGAGAUGGAGCAUGGACCUGAUCAGCAGUACGACACCCAACAGCAAAGAGAACUGAGACAGAUCUUUGAGACACAGAACCACAUGUUUGAAGGAGUCAAAGCGGUUCACAGAAAGUUGGAUGAGAUCCUGGGUCGUCAAGAGAGGACGCUUUCUCUGGUUUCUACGAUCCAGACCGGAGGCGUGGCUUCGCACCAACCAAUGGGACAAGGUCAGCCGAUGGUAGCUGGUCCCGGUGGUAUGCAGAGGCAUGAGGUGGAUUCCGUUCUGGCUAGCCAGCGUGAGAUUGUACAGGCAGUUCAUGAAAUCAAAUCAUUUGUAGCUGAGGUGCACCAAAGGACUAGCACAAUCCUGGCUGCUCAGCAGCAAGGUGGCACUGCAGGUGCAGGAGCAGCUUCUACAGGCUAUGAACACAUGCAGACACUUAAUGAACUCAAGGACAGUCUCAAUGAUGUCAAGAGGGAUGUAGCAUAUGCUUCAAAAGUUCAGCGUGCCUGUCCGACCGUGAGCUGCCUAAGUCCUGCCAUCUUCUUCCUCUUCGGUGGUGUUCAACUCGCAGUUAUGAUUGGAUACAUGAUGUACAGGAGUAAUAAGGAGGCAGCAGCCAAGAAGUUCUACUAACUGAUCCCAAGUCAAUCAUCUCAUCGCAAGACAUCACACAAAAGCAUUUCAAUCUGUUCUGGGCUGUCUAUGGUUGAAAGAGUAUCUCAUUUUCAGAGAAAGAAGUGGUUGCGCAUGAAUUUAAGUACAACAGUAAUGAGUGCCAACAUACAAGAAGGGGCACACACAUACAUGAUGGGAUUUCAUUUGGGGGGCUCACUUUUAAAAGCACGUUCUGUCGUAGAAACAAAGAUCUUGCCAUCCCUGUUAAAACCAUUGCGUGAUUCUGUUUUCUGCAGUGUACUUUUUUUUCUAACUAUUUUUAGUGCUCAUUUUGUUUUGUUACUUUGUCUCUGGCAACUUCUACAUUGUCGGGGGUUAUCAUUCCAAAUUCUUGGGGAACUUUGCCUUUGCAAGCAAAUGAAAUGUGGUCGGCGUAAUGUGCAUCGUUUCUUUUGAGGAACUGUGUGCGUUUGUGGUAAGUGAUGCUGUCAUAAACUUUAUUUAGAAUCAUGUUUCGUGCUGCAGAUUAUCUCUGUCCCGAGAUUUACGUAUUUUUGAAGCUGCAACAUCACCUGUGAUUGUUACCUGGUUUGGGACCAUGUGAUCUUUUGGGAGAUUCCUGGACAAGAAACCAAUCUGAGACACGAUCCUAUAUCUUGAAAUGGUGAUCCACUUAGGAAAUAAUUUUGCCCCAUUCUAAAAAAUAUACCUAGAUACAUUCUUUACCUUGUACAUAAACUGUGUUUUCAGAGCUGUCCAACGUUUAAAUUUUAUAAUGACAUUUUUCUACGAUAAAUUAUGUCAGAAAGUACUUUGAAUAAAGCGAGGAUGACAGUAUA